UUCUCUGCGAUCCGAGCGACAUUUGCGAGCAAAAUGGCGUCCAAAAAGCAAGAUGGUGAUGCCGAAGCGCUCAGGCAAUGUGAAAUUUAUGUAGAAAAGCAUAACAUUCAAGCUAUACUAAAGGACUGUAUCGUGCAGCUAUGUAUCAAGAAGCCAGACAACCCGCACAAAUUCUUUCGGGAAUAUUUCGAAAAGCUAGAAAAGGAGCAUGAGGCAGAGCCACAGGAACAUAGCGAACCUGAACAGAAACUUGAAAUUGAGGAUCACCCCGGGCCCGUCCGUGGCUUUUCUCGACAACGUCGCGGUGCUGUUAGCGCUGGACCAAUUACAGAAGACGAAGCUACUUCUUAUGUGAAAAAGGUCGUACCAAAAGACUACAAAACUAUGGCCGCCCUAUCGAAGGCAAUCGCAAAGAACAUCCUGUUUUCUCACCUGGACGAAGGAGAAAGAAGUGAUAUUUUUGACGCCAUGUCUUUGGUCAAACACGGUGCCGGUGAGACUGUCAUCCAGCAAGGUGACGAGGGGGAUAACUUCUACAUCAUCGACAGUGGCGAAGUUGAUGUGUUUGUCAGUGAGGAAUAUGUUUCCACCAUUGGAGAAGGAGGCAGUUUUGGUGAACUGGCCCUGAUUUAUGGCACACCAAGAGCAGCAACUAUAAAGUCAAAAACAGAUGUGAAGCUUUGGGCCAUUGAUCGAGUGACUUACCGACGGAUAUUGAUGGGAAGUCAGAUUCGCAAGAGGAAAAUGUAUGAACAGUUCCUUGAGAAAGUCAGUAUUCUCGAGUCAUUGGAUAAAUGGGAACGCCUUACCGUGGCUGACGCACUGGAAGCUGUUUCUUAUGAGGAUAAUGAAAAUGUUGUAGUUCAGGGAGAGCAUGGUGAUGAAUUUUACAUCAUUGUUGAUGGGGUAGCUGUGGUGUUGCAGCGUAGAUCACCAAAUGAAGAUUAUAUUGAGGUCAGCCGAUUAGGACAGUCUGACUACUUCGGUGAAAUUGCUUUGGUCCUUAAUCGACCUCGAGCUGCAACAGUCCGGGCAAAGGGAACACUAAAAUGUGUCAAACUCGACAGGCAGCGGUUUGAACGAGUGCUGGGUCCAUGUAUCGACAUCCUCAAAAGGAACAUACAGCAGUAUAACAGCUUUGUUUCAUUAGUGGUGUAAUAAAGUUAGUGAUCAGCUACAGAUUGUAUUUAGCAAUGUAACAGAUCCAGUGAUUAAGUGAGUGGUGGAUAACCCUGUAUGUAUCUGCAUAAAGGCAAUUGUAAUACUACAGCAAUGAGUGUAGGUACAUUAUGUCAUAGAAUCAUAAGUUAUUUGCAUAUCUUCCCUGAAACUUAUAAUUAUUGGUCGCGAUCCAUGUCUAACAUUGUUAAUCUUGUUUUUGUUUGGCCAUUGUAGUCUUCCCAUGCUUUGUUCUAUUUUAUCACUUACGUUUUUAAUAUUCAAUUAAAGGUACUGUAUGUUAGGUAAAUCUACAAAGGCUAUUCAACACCAAUAUCUUUAAGUUUCAAACUGCUGGUUUCUCCAAACAAUUAUGUCAAGAAGCAAGUAAUUUUACAUAAAAUUGCCACCUUCUGUAGAGCUGUCUUUCCAUUUUUUGUGCUAGGUUAAGUUAAGGAAAAAAAAAUUCUUCUCUGCAAAGGUUAAAAUGAAAGGUGUGAUCCACCUUUGCAAAUAUUUGCAGAAGUGAAUAUGAAACACAUCCAUUUUGUAUUGUCCAGUGACUAUAGUUAACAACCUAUUUUACGGGUCUGCAUUAGUGAUUUUGAGUUGUCCUUGUCAUUAACUUGUGCUGUCCACAGUUUGGUUGUUUUAUUCAUGUUAUUUAUUUAUAGUUUUAUGUGGUUUGAUGAAAAACAUGAUAAAGUGCUAUGUAAUUAAGUAAUUGUAAGAAUGAAAAAUAAAAAGUGCAGUGGAAAGGGUUUUUGUUGUGAUUAAACAGACCUUUUUGCUUCAA